ACACCAUUGUUCUUUUGCGCUUUCUCCCAAUCUGCCGUCUCUCUCUUUUUUUUCUCUUUCUGACAUCCUCUGUUUCAGCUUAGAACAGAGCUUUGAGCUUUCACAGAGACCAACAAUGGAGGUACAGGGUAAGCGCUUGAAGCCACGCCUCGAUCGCCGCAACGCCAUGAAGAACAUCACUUACAAAGUCCCCUCUUCUUUCACCCCUUCCUCCAUUGACCUUCCUCCUUCUUUGAACCACCAAAAAAGCUUCAGGGUCAAGGGCAUCGACGACGGCGAAUUUGACCUCAUCUUCCGCACUCUCGGUCUCUCUGGACCCGAAGACUUUUCUAUUCCAACCGCAGCUUGGGAACAAGCCCAAAGGUCUCGCCUUUCUCCUUCCCCUGUCACCACCAAAAACAUCAUCAACCUCCAGGUUGUUGAUGAAGGACAUGAACACCAAGCCCCACUUCCAAUUCCACCUAAAACUGAAUCUGGGGUUGGCUUCAAUGUCGAUGUUAGGCUGAAAAAUCUAAGCUUUCAGCAACUUGCUCAGCAUAACGUAACUGGUGGUGAUGGUGGGGGCAUCAAGGGUGUUAGGCCUCCACCGGUGAUGUUGCGGCCACCACUUGAUGAUAAUGACAAUGAUGUUGAUGCUGUGGAUUCACCUUCGAGGGAACAAGAUGAAAGGUAUUUUGAAGAGAGUGGGGACCUUGAUGUUUCUGAUGAUGAUGACAGUGAUGUUGCUAGUGGUGAGGUUUCCGAUGAUGUUGUUGACGAGUCAAAUGUUCAUAACGUGUCUCCAAAUGGUUCUUUUAGGAGAACGUUUAUGUCGUGGCAAAAGGGCGAGAUUCUUGGUAAAGGCUCAUUUGGAACGGUUUAUGAAGGCUUUACCGAUGAUGGAUUCUUUUUUGCGGUGAAGGAGGUAUCUUUGUUGGAUGAAGGAAGCCAGGGCAAACAGAGCAUUUUCCAACUUCAACAGGAAAUAUAUCUUCUGAGUCAAUUUGAACAUGAGAACAUAGUUAGAUAUCUUGGCACAGACAGGGACAAUAACAUGCUAUACAUCUUUCUCGAGCUUGUAACAAAAGGAUCAUUGGCAAGUCUUUAUAGAAAGUAUCGUUUAAAGGAUUCUCAGGUUUCGGCAUACACAAGACAGAUUCUAAGUGGUUUGAAGUAUCUCCAUGAUCGUAACGUGGUUCACAGGGACAUCAAGUGUGCUAAUAUAUUGGUUGAUGCAAAUGGAUCCGUGAAGCUUGCAGAUUUUGGGUUGGCAAAGGCAACUAAAUUAAACGAUGUUAAAUCAAGCAAAGGUUCUCCAUAUUGGAUGGCCCCUGAGGUUGUUAACUUACGAAACCGUGGUUAUGGACUAGCAGCUGAUAUAUGGAGCUUAGGAUGUACAGUUUUGGAGAUGUUAACACGGCAACCUCCUUAUUCUCAUUUAGAAGGAAUGCAAGCGCUAUUUCGGAUUGGAAGGGGUGAAGCACCUCCAGUUCCUGAAACAUUAUCAAAAGAUGCAAGAGAUUUCAUAAUGAAAUGCUUACAAGUGAAUCCAAGUAAAAGGCCAACUGCUACUCAGCUGUUGGAUCAUCCAUUUGUAAAGAGGCCACUUCUAUCUCCCAUAAGUCUUGUCUCUCCACGCAUUAAUCUUCUUCUGUCUUAAGACCUCUCAGUUACCAUCAGGAUAUAGUGUUGCCAUAGGAGUUGAAAUGUAAAUAGCUAGCUAAGAGGAAAAAUAGGUAGCUGACACAGAUAAGCAGCAUUAUUAUUUUUUUUUUUUUUUUU